AUGGACGGCCUGACACCCAGGAGAGGUCUUUGGGCCAUCGACGAGGUCGAGGAGGUCGAGGAGCAGGUACCCAAAGAGCACCCCGUUUCUCGCAUGGUGGAGACCUGGACCUCUCAGCCCCAUCUGAAGAAGAUCGAUCAUGCGGUGAAGAAGCACCGACGAAUGCUGAUGAUGAAGCGACGGAAAUUGAUGGAUUUCCUCCUGACCAAUGGAUUUGAAGAUGGGACGGUGAACAGCAAGAAGGUUACCUGGAAGAUUUGCUCUACAUAUCCGUUACACGAGGCCGUCAGGCAGAAGAACGUGGAGAUCGUGGACUUGCUCCUGGCCUUCGGCGCCGACGUGCGACUCACGGACUGGCCUUCGGGCCGCACCGCCUACUCCUUGGCCAACCAUGAAGUGCGAGAAGUCUUUGAAAGGAGGGGUUUGUCAUUCUCGUCGCCCUACUUUCGUGCCGGCAGCAAGUUGCAGCGCUUCCCACCUCCACGAGGUUGGGAAGAGUUUUUUGCCAAGCUGGAGCAGGAUCCCUUGACGCAGAAGUCAGGUGCCGAAACGGAGUGA